CGAAGAUGGGAAAUCCUUUGAGGUUAUAUAUUUUCAACACCACCACGCGGUUGACCUUCCUGGAAGUUACACACCCGACCUAAGAUAGGCCCAUGCCAGUCAUGGCGUGCCAAGCCACUUUGGAUCCAUUUAAAAACCACGGGGGCAAAACUGCGCUCCGGGUAAGAUCCCCGCUGGUGGACUGGUGGAAAGCAAGCCUGGCAUGAUGGACGUCCGCGGCCAUCGCCAUCCCCGACACGCCACCAAUGAGGCACAUCAUUUCCACUUUGAGACCGGAGCCAGACCGUCCAAGACAUCUGGGGAAGACGCAAGGAGACCCCGGACGAGCCCAAGAAAUCCCCCGCAUUGCCCUGCAGUGCCUCGGGUUUCGCGGAGUCUCCCCGGCCAGCCAAGCCGCCAGUCCGUUAGAGGUAAAAGUCUGGGGUUGGAGAAAAUACGAAUAAUAGCGUCGGGUCCAUGGCAAUCCACCGAGCCUCGAUCCUUUUAGAAGAAUACGGACUGAGCGUGUCCACGCACUUGGAUUUUUGAAA